AUUUCAAUCUUCAGGGCAUUUUUCUUGAUCUCUCCGCCGGAGUCCUUUUCUUGCUAUAAAUGGAGUCCCACCAGUCAUCAUGCUUCACACACACACAUCGCCACCGUCACUAGCGACUGAGUCAGUGAUUUUUUUCUUGAAGAUAUGGGUUUGAAGGAGGACUUUGAGGAGCACGCUGAGAAGGCAAAGACUCUCCCUGAGAGCACCACCAAUGAGGACAAGCUCAUACUGUACGGAUUGUUCAAGCAAGCCACAGUGGGACCAGUCAACACUAGUCGUCCGGGCAUGUUCAACAUGAGAGACAGGGCUAAAUGGGAUGCUUGGAAGGCUGUUGAAGCAAAAUCCAAGGAUGAAGCAAUGAAUGACUACAUCACCAAGGUGAAACAAUUGCUUGAAGCUGCAACUGCUUGAAUUUGUUGAGCAUAGAUGCCUAAUUAUAUAUAUGGGUUUAUGAAGAAGAAUUAUGUUUUAAUUGUUGGUGAUUUCUGUCUUGUGUGUCUCCAGACUCCACUUAUGGAAAUGGUAUCUUAAUCAGACAUUAAACUGUUGGAUUUUA